AUGUCGUCGCCCACCAAUCAAGACAAGCUCACCGACGCGAACGUCUCCGACGAGCUCACCGACAAGCCGACCGCGGGCACCCCUGCUAGCGAGCCAGGCGUCGUCGAGCCUGGUCGUAACCACCAACCAAGCCGCGACCACCCCACCGCUGGCAUGGGCGCACCGAGUACCCCCCGUCCAUGUCCCAGUCCACCCAUCGACGAGGACGACGUUACCGUCGAUGACAUCGACAACAUCCUCGGCGUCGCCAUAGGCUUCUUCGACCUCCCCCGCCCGCUGGACGACGCGGCGCACGCACGGCUGCAUGUCAUGAUCGCGACACUACCUGACCGCGAGCUCCGCGCGGCGUUCAUCGCCCUUGUCGACAGCUUGCCCGAGGUGCCUCAGCCGGUGAUUCGGAUGCUGGCUCCUGCCUCGGGAGCGGAGACUACGCCUUGGGGAUUCGGGACGCAAUGCAGUGGGAAGUGGUGCAGCCGGUGCUGGGUGAGAGAUCGGAGCGCUAACCGCAGGAGGGCUGCUAACACAGAGGAGUAG